AUGUUCGGUGCACUCAAAGGUCUCUUCAAGGAAGCUGGUGUCAAGGACGUGAUCACCUUGUUCCACUCGCCUAGCUCCCCUGCCUCGAUCCGCGUCCACACCUUGCUCAAGCAGACUGCUGCUGCCGCUCAGACAACCGCCACUCAAGAUCAAGCUUCGUCUCACCCGCAGCAGUCCAAGAUUGAGAGAACAAACUUCGAGCUCGACGUACAGGAAGGCGCCCCGACUAGCGACCAACUCACAAACAUCUUCGAAUACCUCGGCCAAGACAAGAUUGGAAAUGUCAUCGAAGGUGCCUCGAGCCCUACCGAAGCCCUGAGAAAGCUCAAGGAAAGUGGAAGCGCCUUUCAGAGACCGCUUGUUGUGGACUGGGCCAAUGGACGUGCCGUCACUGGCGACAAUGAGUCCGAGAUCUUGAAGCUGCUCAACUCUUCCCCCAAAGCCUAA